GCGCCGAGGCGGCCUCUCGUAUGAAGUAUUAUUACAUAGUAUGGUAAUGUAAGUGCCACAAUGCUGACUCAGUUACAGUGUCAAGAGUUCGUUAUACAUCUCUGACUUAGAUUUUUUUUAUAGAAGUUAUAUACAUAAGUUUUGAGAUAAGCAACGAGUUACGUUUUAUUCUAUUGAGAGAUAACCAGACAAAGAUAAAAAUGGGUGUAUUAGAACUCAUACAAUCAUUAGAAGGACACAAAGGCAGAGUGUGGAACGUUUGUUGGCAUCCGUCUGGAGAAACUUUAGCCUCGUGCGGUGAAGAUAAAUCGAUUAGAAUAUGGAUGCAUGAUAAAUCCAAAUGGGUGAUAAAAAGCAUACUGCUCGAAGGUCACAGUAGAACUAUUAGGGAGGUGUCUUGGUCUCCUUGUGGCAAUUACAUAGCAUCUUGUAGUUUUGAUGCUACUGUUGCAAUUUGGGAUCAAAAAUCUGGACAAUUUGAGUGCAAUACAACAUUAGAAGGUCAUGAAAAUGAAGUAAAAAGUAUUAGCUGGUCAGCGAGUGGGCAAUUAUUAGCUACUUGUAGCAGAGACAAAUCUGUUUGGGUUUGGGAAGUUACUGAUGAUGAUUACGAAUGUGCAGCUGUCAUUAAUGCACACACUCAAGAUGUCAAAAAGGUAAGAUGGCAUCCAGAAAAGGAUAUCCUUGCUUCAGCCAGCUACGAUGAUACUGUAAAGAUUUUCAAAGAAGACACUUCUAGCAGUGAUUUUAUCUGUGUUGCCACUCUUGCAUCCCACACUUCGACUGUUUGGAGUUUGUCUUUCGAUAAAACAGGUAACAGGUUAGUUACUUGCAGUGACGAUCAAACUUUGAAAAUAUGGCACCAAUAUGAGUCUGGCAAUGAGAUGGGUAUACCCACACCGGAUAAUGAGCCUGUUUGGAAAUGUGUCUGUACUUUGUCUGGUUACCACUCCAGAACAGUAUAUGACGUAGAUUGGUGUAAAUUAACAGGUCUAAUAGUGACUUCCUGUGGUGAUGAUGUAAUUCGAGUUUUCCGCGAAGAAGAUGAUUCCGACGUACAUCAACCAACUUUUAGCUUAGUUUGCAAAUUGGAUAAUGCGCACACUCAAGAUGUCAAUUGUUCUCAAUGGAAUCCUGUGACUCCAGGCCUCAUAGCUUCUUGUAGUGACGAUGGAACUGUUAAGCUGUGGUCUUAUAGUGAUUAAAUUGUUAAAAAGUUAUGACGUGUACAUAAUAAUUUAAAAAUUGAUGUAUAUAAUUUUAAACGCUAUAC